AUGAGUCAACAAUCGCAAUCCGGCCUCUCCGCCUCCUUCCAUCGAGGUUAUAAUGGAGACCCUGAGGGACCCCAGAUCUAUUCGGCAUCCUAUUCGGGCGUCGAUGUAUACGAAAUGGAAGUCAACAACAUCGCUGUUAUGCGCCGUCGCAACGACUCAUGGCUCAAUGCCACGCAGAUCCUCAAGGUUGCCGGAGUCGAUAAGGGGAAGCGAACCAAGAUUCUCGAAAAGGAGAUCCAGACGGGCGAGCACGAAAAAGUCCAGGGAGGCUAUGGAAAAUAUCAGGGCACCUGGAUAACAUUUGACCGUGGUGUUCAGGUCUGCCGGCAGUACGGAGUCGAGGAGCUACUGCGACCAUUGUUGACGUAUGACAUGGGCCAGGAUGGUGGUGUUGCUGGUCGAGGCGACUUCAAUACACCAACAAAGGAACAGGCCAUGGCAGCUCAACGCAAGCGCAUGUACAACCAGAGCGCGGAUGGAAGGCCGAAUGGGCUCUCGGGGACCUUUUUCAAAAACAUCUCCAGCACCGCUUCGCAUGCCGUCGCUGCCAUCAGCAAAGCCCGUUUUGAUUCUCCAGGACCUCGAAGUCGCAACGGCCCUACGAGAGCGCCGAGCUUCAGUCGCCAACCGUCGAUGCAAAAUGGUGAUGAUUUCCCCGGUAACUCUCAGCAAAGCUUUGCCUCGGACUACGGCCAACAAGUCGACUCAGCUUAUUCGACUCAGCAACAAGCCAGCGCAAUGCAGUUGAACGAGCCCGAACCUCCUCGAAAACGUCAGCGUGUGACUAUGACGCCCGCCGAUAGCUUCAGCGCUUAUGGUCAGAAUAUGGAUAUAUACGCCGCGGCUUUUCCAGGGUCUCCAACCGAACCCAAUGAGUCCUUUGUCUACACCCAAAGCGUCGUUCAGGAUCGAUCACCCGUCGAAGAAGGCAAUGGACCCCUACCACCUCUGCCUUAUGAGAUGUCGCCCGACGUCGAGAUGAAGCGCAGCAUGCUGAUGGGUCUAUUCAUGGAACCUGCCACCACCGACGCCUCCAAGCACGACAUGCUCCGCACCUUUACCCCCCUCGAAUUGGAUAUGCCCAUCGAUCUGCAGAGCCAUACAGCGCUCCACUGGGCAGCCACACUCGCACGCAUGCCUCUUCUCCGCGCUCUGAUUGCUGCCGGCGCCUCCCCAGCCCGUGUGAACGCCUCUGGGGAAACGGCUUUAAUGCGCGCCUGUUUAGUGACUAAUUCUAUGGACCAUGGGUCAUUCCCCGAUCUGCUCGAAGUCUUGGGUGGAACGAUUGAGGCUCGCGAUCAAAAGGGACGGACGGUUCUCCAUCAUAUUGCGGUCACUAGUGCAGUCAAAGGACGCAAUGCUGCAAGCCGGUAUUACCUUGAGAGCCUCUUGGAGUGGGUAGUGAGGCAGGGCAGCGCUCCCAACAGUCAAAACACACAAGCCAACGGCAACGUCCCCAGCAGCCAACAAUCGGCCAUUCCCAAGAUGGGCAUUGCGCGCUUCAUGAGCGAGAUAGUUAACGCCCAGGACAGCGCCGGCGACACAGCCCUGAAUAUUGCAUCACGGAUUGGAAACCGAAGCAUCAUCUCACAACUGCUAGAAGUUGGCGCUGACCCGAAUAUUCCCAAUAAGGUGGGAUUGAGGCCAGUUGACUUUGGUAUCGGAGGUGAGAGUACCGAGGACAAGGCCAAUGGCGAGACCAAUGUCGAGAAGAAUGGUGUUACCGGGUCAAGUCAGCGAAGUCGGGAGAGCAGCGAUGAGAUCGUUGCCUCGAUAACUCACCUCCUGACCGAGACUGGCUCAGCCUUCCAAACAGAGAUGAAGUCGAAACAGACGUCUCUCGAUACUCUCCACAGCACCCUUCGCACAACAUCAACACAACUCGGCGAAGCCCGACGGAGUCUCGAGCAUUUAUCUGCCACACUCAGGAAGCAACAAUUGGCUCGACAAAAGGUGUCCAACCUAUCACACGCUCGCGAGGACGAGCAAGUGCGCCUUAUGCAGGAACAAUCCCGUACCUCACAGCCCAACCCCUCAUCAUCAUGGGAGACGGAGCUAUCGGCCAUGCUCGAAGCCGCCGACGAUACUUCUGGUGGAGGCUUCAGUGGAGAGGGCCUUCUUCCUUCUGCAGCAGUCCUUCGCGCCCGUGUCAACGCCGUUCAAGGUCGUCGCGACAUGACAAGAAAGAUGGUCUCUGCUCUCAAGGGGCGAAGUCGUGACGUCGAGGUCAAAUACCGCCGCGUUGUCGCACUAUGCACGGGUGUCCAAGAGGCCGAGGUUGACGCCGUCGUCGACGGUCUACUCAAGGCCGUUGAGAGUGAACACGAGGAACUCGAGAUUGGUCGAGUCAGACGCUUCCUCGGUGGAGUAGAGGGUGUCGUGCACUAG